AUGACUCUCAAGGAGGAGUUCGAGACCAGAAACUUCAGCAUCUACGGACAAUGGCUGGGCAUUCUGUCCAUGAUCAUUUGUCUUGCGACUGGAAUCUCUAGCAUCUUCACCACCCACCCUACCAGAAUCAUUUUCUGCGCCCUAGCCAUUGCAUCGGCGUUCAUCAUCCUGUUUGUCGAAGUUCCCCUCCUGCUUCGAAUCUGCCCGACCUCGAGCAAGUUCGAUGCUGCGAUUCGCAAGAUUUCCACCAACUACCUGCGAGCCGCCGCGUAUGGCGUCAUGGGUGCCCUCCAGUUCGUUAGCAUUCUCACCGGCGCGAGCAGCUUGAUUGCCGCCGGUGUUUUCCUGCUUCUGACAGGCGUUUGCUAUGGCCUAGCCGGCAUCAAGGGACAGGCCUUUGUUGGCAGCAAGACGCUUGGUGGCCAGGGCGUCGCCCAGAUGAUUGUGUAG